AUGCCUGGUCUCGCGGCCCGCCUGCCAAGGGACAUCAUCUACGAAUUAUUCGUCUGGGCGGCCCUCGAAGAUCCAUCAGGAUGUAAAGCUCACAGUGCCGAGGGGUUGCCCAACGAGUUCGAACUCGGUUGGAUGAAAUUGACGCACGUCUGCCAUCUGUGGCGCACGGUCGGUAUCGAAGCCGCUCUCUUAUGGGCUUCCGUCGUCUCUACCUUUCACGACGCGGCCAUUGCGGAAGAGCUAUCAUCAAGGGCUCGAAAUUGUGCCCUGUCUAUCGACAUCAUCGGAGGAUGGGAUGUUGAGUCCACUUCAGCCCAUCGCGCAGCCUCCGCAUUCGAGUGGGCAAUCGCAAACCUCGAUCGCGCUCAUACUAUACGUGCCUCACUUGCGCAUUAUCUUGAUCCUUCGCACACCCAGGCGCUUCUCCCCAUCAUUGAUGGACGGCAUCUUCCCAACCUGCGGGAUCUGACCCUGGUUUCAAAGCGCUUUUCUCCAACCUCACAACCCGAGUCUUUCAUCCUCAAUACUCCAGCACUUCAGUCUGCCGAUCUCAUCAAUGCUCUACCAUCACCAUCAUCGGCGGGGUUUCAUAACCUGCGUGACUUGAGCAUUCGCUUCGAUUCGGGCGCAAUAUACUUGACAUCGCACCAGCUCAUGAAGCUACUGCGUGCAACGCCGGGGUUGGAGAGCCUUUCCCUGAAACUAUACCAUCGAGGUCGACGCAUCUACUCCGCCGAGUGGAACGGUUCGGCCGCUGAUUCGGAAAUUAUCGACGUGCAUCUGGAGCAUCUGAAAGUCCUUUCAUUUGCGAGCACCAAUUGCGCUCAACUAUGUGAUCUAUGGGCGCGUGUCCAAGCACCCAAUGCUAGGGUGGUCGCUGUUUGCGUCGACAAGGGGUGGUCACCCGACUUGGUUUUUGGAGAAGCAUUCGGACGACAACUAGCAUACGUCCCCUAUGAGCGCUUCUCAAUCUGUGCUUAUAGAAUCGAUCUCACUACACAAUCCGUGACACCUUCUGCAUUCGUAUUUACCUAUCCACCCAUGCACACCUCGAGCUAUGCGGAAUUGAUGAAUGAUGUGGCUACAUCUAUCACAUCGGGCCAGUUGUCGGCGCUCACACGCGUCACAGAAUUCUCCGUGUCGUUUCCGUACCGGAACAGAGAUCAUGAACUCCACGUCUCCGAGCUACUUGGAGAAGGUCUCCUUCACCAGGCCAUGGACAGCACACUUGGGACAGCACUCAUUGGACUAGGACAAGUUCUGACCGAUACCACCGUCCUGGAGUUGUGGGCUCACGCAGAGGAACUCGCCUUUCUCGGCUACAUCAUACAACAGCCGCGACCCCUAUUCCUUCCAGCAUUGCAAACCCUGAGAUUCAAAGUUGGUCUCGGCGUUCUGGGCUUCCUGGGCGGCAGGGAAGGUGGAAUCCAGCGUUGGUGGAAGGGAAUCAGGGAGUUCCUGGAGAUGCGGAAAGACGUAGGCGCACCUAUUGUCAGGAUCGAAAUUGAAGGGAAAGGAGAACUAUUUCAACGUACGACAUGGACGGAGACGAGGGACACUGAAGCUAGCGAGUGUUACUCCCGUGGUCUUCUACAAGAAAUUGUAGAUAUGCAAGAGUGGGAGACAGUCUGCGUCAUUUGCGACUCGACGCCUUCGUUCUGUAAUCAUUAA